CCCUUUUUUUCGGUAUUUGUAUUUAUCUUCUCUCAUUCGGUUCCUGUUCCGGUUCGGUUUAUGUUGCGCUAAUCGACUGUGCGGCGUGCUCGCGCGUGUGUGUGUGUUUGUGUGUGCAUCGGGAUUAGAGUAGGCGCAAAUCGCGUUUACAACCCCCCAACAAAAAAAAAAAACAAAAAAAGUGGGAUUUCAGCUCGACCAAAAACACCGAUCCGAAACGGUUGGGGACAACGACGGAAAAACUCCCCUUAUAUUUAGCGACACCCCAACCCCAGGCGCAAGCUUAAACAUUCGAGUGGGUGAGUCGGCCCGAAAUAAUAUUGCAUCAGCCUGCAAGGCAGUGCGUGCCAGCGGUUCAUAAGCCGUGGGAUCAACGCCAAGAAAAGAGGCAGCAGCGGUUCAAAAAAGAAAGAAAAAAAAGCCCCCGGCGUCACGACAUCAUGAGUCUAAAUUCGCACGGCAUAAACCGACCGGUUCGAGCAAGCAGCACCAACACACCGUAACUCCGAGCGAGCGCCGUAUGUGCCGAAUCCUCAGCAGCAACAGCAGCAGCAUCAGCAUCAUCAGCAGUACUACCGCAUUGUGCCUUCGACUGCUAUGGUGCCUUCCGUUCGUGCUUUCGGUAGUGCACGUUUCUAGCGCAUCCUAGUAGGCGUUCUUUUGGAACCGUAGUGAAAAAGUGUGUGUGUGUGUGUGUUGCGUCACGUGCAGGUGAAGAUCUCGUGCCACGGUAGGGCUCUCGUGAACCCGGGAAAACCCCCACAAAAAAUAGUGACAAUGGCGCGAGUUGGAGACGUGGAAAAUCGCCCAGCCCAGCAGGGUUUUCGGCGCGAAAGUGAAGAAACCGCGGCGGUGGCCAAACCGGACGGGGACGGAACCGACGGUAUUAAGAUGAAAAAGGAGCUCGGCCUGAUGGACGGUGUGGCGAUCAUCGUCGGUGUGAUAGUGGGUGCCGGUAUUUUCGUCUCACCAAAGGGUGUCCUGCUUUACUCCGGCUCGAUCGGAGUGGCCAUCAUCGUGUGGAUACUGUCCGGUGUGCUCAGCAUGGUCGGAGCGCUUUGUUAUGCUGAAUUGGGUACGAUGAUUCCCAAGUCUGGAGGUGACUACGCGUACAUCGGUGAAGCGUUUGGUCCUCUGCCAGCAUUCCUGUAUCUUUGGGUGGCCUUGCUGAUAUUGGUUCCAGCAGGAAACGCGAUCACCGCGAUCACUUUCGCGCAAUAUCUCCUGCAACCGAUCUGGCCCACGUGUGAGCCACCAUACGAAUCGGUGCGACUGCUGGCAGCUGUCAUAACCUGUCUCCUUACCGCGAUCAACUGCCGCAACGUGAAAUGGGUCACCAGGGUGACGGAAACGUUCACGGGAAUGAAGGUGCUGGCGCUGCUCGUAAUUACCGGUGCCGGUGCAUGGCAUUUGAUGAGUGGAAAUACGGAUCUGCUGGAGUCUCCGUUCGCUAACUCAAAGGUACAACCGGGCUUUAUCGCCGUUGCCUUCUAUAAUGGGCUGUUUUCGUAUUCGGGCUGGAACUAUCUCAAUUUUGUGACGGAAGAACUGAAGGAUCCGUACCGCAAUCUACCACGUGCGAUCUGCAUCAGCAUGCCUGUUGUCACCAUCAUCUACGUAGUCACGAACAUUGCUUACUUCGCCGUACUGCCGCCGGAUGAGAUGCUUUCAUCGCAAGCUGUCGCUGUGACGUUUGCCGAAAAAAUGCUGAGCUUCAUGGCUUGGACGAUGCCACUAUUUGUGGCGUGUUCUACUUUUGGAUCGCUAAAUGGUGCGAUCUUCGCUUCGUCGCGUUUGUUUUUUGUUGGGGCCCGUAACGGACACCUUCCUGCGGCGCUGUCUCUGAUCAAUAUCAAUUGCCUGACACCGAUUCCGUCGCUGCUAUUUCUGUGUGCCCUCACGCUGAUGCUGCUGUUCAUACGGGACGUGUUUGCGAUCAUCAACUACGUGAGCUAUGUCGAGAUUUUGUUCAUCUUCAUUUCUGUUGCUGGGCUGUUGCGGUUGCGACAAAAAGCCCCGGAGGCCCACAGGCCAAUAAAGGUUUCACUGGUGGUGCCUAUCGUGUUCCUGCUGACGGCCGGCUUUUUGGUCAUAUUCUCUGUCUUCGAAUCACCGAUGGAGGUGGGCAUCGGGACGCUCGUCAUCUUGCUGGGCAUUCCCGUGUAUUACGUCACUAUCGGCAAACCGUGGAGCUGGCUGACGCAAAAAUCGCAAUCAUUCAAUCGGUUCUGCUCGAAACUGUUCCUAUGCAUGCCCAACAGCGAAAAACUUGACUAGAUCUAGUAACAAGACAUUUCUAGGGAAACGUGCUCGCUCAAUUCAGCAUCUCGGGUGUUGGAUGUUCUGCUCAAAUCAAUCUGUACGAUCUUUACCUGUCGAUUCGUCGUGACAUAUCAUUGACACAUGUACAUAUGCUAUAUCAGUUCUCUCAUUCGUACAUAGUUAAGAACCUAGGAUACAGAAGCUACUAUUUUGAGGAAGAGUUCUGCAAAACAAAACAGAAACCAACCAAUUGCCUUCCUAUACGCUUUUUUGCUAUUGCGGACAGCUCUCGAUGCAGGUGACGAAUGAUCGAUUUCAUAGGUGUAAAAUGUACUGGAUAGCUGUAAGAAAUGAAAGCACAAUACACUAGUUUAUGGAAACCAUGAGCGUUUGUUCGAUGCCACGCCGUAUAUGCUUUCAAAGUGCGUUAUUCAUAUGUUAUAGUAAACCAUUCUAUAUAUUUAAGCUUGGUUUUUGUUAAUAUCUGUUCUCGAUUACAUUUUGUCGAAAAGCUCUUCUGUUAGUUUUUUUUUCGUUAUUUAUAACACGCAUAUUCCGAGGUUAAAACAAAUAGAAAGCUAGAAGAAGCAAUAGUAAAUAACAGUCAAGUAAUAAUUAUCUCACAUAUUUAAAUCCACGUAAGAAAAGCAAUAGUAUCCUAAAAUUGUCAUGCUUGUUCAUUAACCACUUGUUUAAGUUCGCUUUAUGAGCUUUUGAACUGAUGCGAAUAUACGCGAAAAAAAAAGAUUUCUAUUCCGAUUGCAUGCCGAUUCGUUAAAUGAUGCAUCACUCAUGGUAUAACAGAAUAACGAAGACUGUUAUCGAGUACAUUGAAGCUAGGGAUUUUAUAUUAUAUACUUCGA